UUGUGGUGAAAGGUACCAAUACCUGAUUGCAGCUGGAGGAUCCAUUCCGGACUGGCAGGACAUCACAGAGAUGAAGUGGGUUUUGUGCCUGAUAGCUGCAGGUCUGUACCUGUGUUUGCAAAGCCAUGUGGAUGCUGAACCACGUUUGAGCAGAAGUGUCAUUGAAAAAGCUGUGAUUAAAGCCAAGGCCACAGUGGACUCAGCUUAUGAGUACUCCAGAAGAGAGAGUGUUGAACGUGUGAAGAGGAAUGCAGCAAAUCCUUCAGACGUCCUGCGUUUGUUGAAGCAGCCUGCUGGGCCGACUCGUAGUGCUGUGCGUGCUGCUGACUACAUGGAUAACACUGUGAAACUGAUCAAGAGGUCUCUGCUAAGACAGAAACGUUCCAUCAACGCUACAGAUCUGAUCUCUGAGGAGGACCUGCAGGUCAUUGCUGAUCUGACAGGCUGCUCUGCCCGACAUCGUGUCCCUUCUUGCAUGACAACUCCCGAUUUAGACAAGUUCCGUACUGUGAAUGGGGUCUGCAACAACAGAAAAAACACUCGCUGGGGAUCGUCCAACACACCUUUCACCCGCUGGCUCCCUGCCGAGUAUGAGGAUAAAAUCUCUCUGCCCAUAGGCUGGAGCCCUGAUAUGAAAGUCAACAGAAAACUUCUUCCUUUGGUAAGAGCAGUGUCCAACCGGAUUCUCAACACAAAGAACUCUCAAGUGGAAAGUGACCCUCUCUACACUCACAUGGUGACAAUCUUCGGCCAGUGGACUGACCACGAUCUGACCUUCACUCCUCAUUCUCCCGUCAUCCGCUCAUUCAGUAACGGCGUUGACUGUGACCAUACCUGCGAUCGCACAGAGCCCUGCUUCCCCAUUGAGAUUCCCAAGGGAGACCCCCGCUUUGGCAGUAACUCAGAAGAGUGCAUCCCCUUCUUCCGCUCAUCAGCAGCUUGUGGUUCGGGCAACACAGGGCACUUCUUUGGUGCAAGCAGUACUCGUCAGCAGAUGAACUCUCUCACAGCUUUCAUUGAUGUAGGCCAGGUGUACGGUGCAGAUGAUACCAAAGCCCGCUUCCUCCGGGAUCUGUCCUCAGAUAAGGGUCUGUUGAAGGUCAACACAAAGUACACUGACAACGGCCGUGAGCUCCUGCCAUUCGCCAAUAUGAGUGCCAACAUGUGUGCUACACGAGCUCGCAUAACUAAAGACAGCAAUGCGCAAGAGGUCCCCUGUUUUGUGGCUGGUGAUGAGCGAUCCAACGAGAACAUUGGUCUGAUUUCUUUACACACACUGUUUUUGCGUGAACACAACCGUCUGGCACGAGCUCUGGCCAAACUCAAUCCUCACUGGAAUGGAGAAAGACUCUACCAGGAGGCACGCAAGAUCGUGGGAGGAUACUCUCAGGUCAUCACUUUCAGAGACUAUCUACUUCACAUCGUUGGUCCAGACUUCAUUGCCAAGCAGCUGUCCACCUACCCUGGUUAUGAUGAAAACGUGGACCCCAGCAUCUCUAAUGUGUUUGCCACAGCAGCCUACAGAUUUGCUCAUGUGAUGGUUCAGCCUUUUAUGUUUCGUCUUGAUGAGGAGUACAAGGAGCACCUUGACUAUCCCAGCCCAUUGCUGCACAGAGCCUUCUUUACACCAUGGAGAGUCGUCUUUGAAGGUGGUUUGGACCCAAUCCUGAGGGGUCUAGUGGGUCGCAAGGCCAAGCUGAACACACAGGAUCACAUGAUGACUGAUGAACUGAGGGAAAGGCUGUUUAAAUUCUCUGCUGAGCUGGCACUGGAUCUGGGAUCUCUCAACAUGCAGAGAGGCAGAGACCAUGGACUCCCUGGCUACAACAAAUGGCGGAAGUUCUGUGGGCUGUCACAACCAAAAAAUAAGAAACAGCUGGAUAAAGUACUGAACAACUCAGAACUGGCCAAAAGUCUGCUGGAUCUCUACGGCACACCUGACAACAUUGAUGUGUGGUUGGGAGGAGUGGCUGAGCCAUUUGUCCGUGGAGGAAGAGUGGGACCUUUGUUUGCUUGCCUGAUUGCCACACAGUUCCAGAGAAUCCGACAAGGAGAUCAACUUUGGUGGGAGAAAAAGGGAGUCUUCACCGGGGCCCAGAGGGAGUCCCUGCAGCUGACGUCACUUGCCCGCAUCAUCUGUGACAACACUGGUAUCACUGAAGUACCAGAGCAGCCGUUCCAAUACCAGACCAAGACCCAUUACACUAAAUGUAGUAAAAUCGCUGCCUUUGACCUCACACCAUGGAAGGAGAAUACUGAGUAGAAAUCCUCUCUGUGCAGUCUGACUAAAAACACCUACAUCCUGUUGUGUAUGAGGAGAGGAGAUGUCACACUGCUGCAGACAUCUUUAAAGUCUUGGUGACACAAAACUAGUGUUCAAAACCUGUUUUGUCUUAAGAGUUUAUAUCACUGUAAGUGCAACAUUAUAAAUGUGUGUUACUCUGUUUAAUCUAAAGGUGCAAGGUACAAUAUAUAAUAAUGUUUAAUUUUAAAUGGAACAUUGGGUAAAUUACAUUAUUUUGUCACAUUUCUGCAAAGGGUGACUUAAAAACGCCUUUUUAAACCUCUUCAAAAACCACCAUAAAAAUAUGAUCAAACUCAACCUCAAUGUUUUUUAUUUUAAUGUUUCAUAAUGGUCGAAUCUAUGCACACGUGUUUAACCUCUACUCAGGAUUUACAGUUUUUCUCAUGCUGGACAGACAGCAGGUGAACUGAACUUAGUUUGGAUAAGUUCACCCUCAAAGGUGAGGCGUGACCCCUUCAACAAAUCAACAAAACAGUGUAGCAUUAUUAUGUUGAAACCAUCAAAGACAUGUCUGACACUUUGUAUCUAUAACUGUAUGACAUAGGAACAAUUUGUAGCUCAACCACACCGUGCAUGAACCGCACCUUAGCCAAUGCAUUGUCAUCCUACCUGACAAAUUAACCUCUCUUUAGCCUUCAUAAUGCACCCUGAUAUUUAAAAGGCCAAAGAGGUAAGUGUAUCCUGCAUACAGCUUGGCAAUCUGGAUUUGAAAAUGUUGGCUUGCCAUAAAUUACCAAACAUUACACAAAAGGAAGCUAGAGUAAUUUAAGAUUUAAUUAUUUUGCAACACAUUAAAAAAACACAAGCUGUCUUUAUAUGCGGACGACCUGCUACUUUAUCUGUCCGAUCCCUGCACAUCUAUUCAUAAAGCAGAAAUUGGAGAGAUUUCAAGCUACAGAAUCAACUAAGACUUUGCUUUUCCCUAUUAACGACCAGUCUCGACAGAUUUCUUUUGAAGGCAUUUGAGACACUUUUACCUAUCAGUAAUUCGUAAAUACAGUGAUUUAUUCACGCAUAACUUUAAACCAGCCCUGGAGAGGGCCAAACAGGACCUUAUCCGUUGGCCUAUAUCAAAGGGUAAAUUCUGUCAAGAUGGUAAUUAUGCCCAGGUUCUUAUUCUUGUUUCAUACAAUACCUGUCCCAAAGUCCUUUUUCAGAAAGCUAGAUAUAUUUACAUCCACCUUGUCUGGAAUAAGACCAUCCCACGAAUAAGGACGGCACAUCUUGAGAAACAGAAAGAGGCUUGAGGCUUAGCACAACCAAUUUAAGCAGGGCCUCACAUGUAAUCCUAUCGUGAGUGGCUCACUUCGAAUAUGGUCCCAAUGCUUCUGUAGUGUAUACAGGGCGGGUUUUUGCUAUGGGCAAUGUGGACGACCGACCAGGGCGCAAUCUAUGUGAGGGCGCACUAGCGUCAUUGUCACGUCAACUUACUGCUGAGAGUCAUACAGGUUGUGUGUGUGUC